AUGUGGGGUCCCAGGUGCGUGGUCUCAGUCGAAGAAGGCGGAGGCAGGGACGAGGCCGGAGCACUUAUCCUCACCCAAUAUGGGGUCCCAGGUGCGUGGUCUCAGGCCGAAGAAGGCGACGAGGCCGGAGCGCUUAUCCUCAACCAAUAUGUUCCAGGCGCGUGCUCGGAGGCGGGAGCGCUUAUCCUCAACCAAUAUGGGGUCCCAGGUGCGUGCUCUCGCGGACCAGGCCGGCGCAAUAUGGGGUUCCAGGCGCGUGGUCUCAGCCCGAAGAAGGCGGAGGCGGGGACGAGGCCGGAGCUGGGGUCCCUCGGCAGGGACGAGGCCGGAGCGCUUAUCCUCAACCAAUAUGGGGUCCCAGGUGCGAAAGCGGAGGCGGGGACGAGGCCGGAGCGCUUAUCCUCGACCAACGUGGAGUCCCAGGUACGCGAUCUCGGCCCGAAGAAGGUGAAGGGGGGGUGCUUGAAGCCAGAAGAAGGCGAGCUUCAAGAGGAGGCGACAACAAGGUCGAAGGACUUACUCUCAGAAUACGUUCUCGGCGCGUGGUCUCAACCUGAAGAAGACAGAGGCGGCGACAAGGUGCGCGGUCUCAACUUGAAGAGGAUGGAGGCGGGAACCAGGCCGGAGCACUUCUCCUCAACCAAUAUCGGGGCCGAGGUGCGUGGUCUCAACUCGAACAGGAAGCUCAAGCUGAAGAAGACAGAGGCAAGAACGAGGUGCGUGGUCUCAGUCGAAGAAGGCGGAGGCAGGGACGAGGCGACGAGGCCGGAGCGCUUUUCCUCAACCAAUAUGUUCCAGGCGCGUGCUCCGAGGCUGGCGCAAUAUGGGGUUCCAGGCGCGUGGUCUCAGCCCGAAGAAGGCGGAGGUGGGGACGAGGCGGGGACGAGGCCGGAGCGCUUAUCCUCGACCAACGUGGAGUCCCAGGUGCGUAUCCUCAAGAAGAAGAAGGCCGGGAGCGGGAACGAAGCCGUGCAGGCUCGCCUGCAUGGUGUCCCAGGUGCGUGGUCUCAGUCGAAGAAGGCGGAGGCAGGGACGAGGCCGGCGCAAUAUGGGGUUCCAGGCGCGUGGUCUCAGCCCGAAGAAGGCGGAGGCGGGGACGAGGCCGGAGCUGGGGUCCCAGGUGCGAAAGCGGAGGAGGGGACGAGGCCGGAGCGCUUAUCCUCGACCAACGUGGAGUCCCAGGUACGCGAUCUCGGCCCGAAGAAGGUGAAGGUGGGGUGCUUGAAGCAAGAAGAAGGCGAGCUUCAAGAGGAGGCGACAACAAGCUCGAAGGACUUACUCUCAGAAUACGUUCUCGGCGCGUGGUCUCAACCUGAAGAAGACAGAGGCGGCGACAAGGUGCGCGGUCUCAACUUGAAGAGGAUGGAGGCGGGAACCAGGCCGGAGCACUUCUCCUCAACCAAAAACGGGUCUGAGGUGCGUGGUCUCAACUCGAACAGGUCCGAGGUGCGUGACCCCAGCAAAAAGACGACGGAGGCGUGGAAGCUCAAGAUGAAGAAGGGCAAGGACAAGGUGUGGAAGCUCACAAGUCGAAGAAGACAGAGGCAAGGACAAGGUGCGGAAGCUCACAAGUCGAAGAAGACAGAGGCAACGGCAAGGCAGGGACAAGGCGGGAAGGCUUAUCCUCAACCGGUAUGGGGUUCCGAGGUGUGGGAGCUCAAGCCGAAGAAGACAGAGGUGUGUGGUCUCAGCGACAAGGCUGAGAGGGCUUAUCCGGAGUGCGUGGUCUCAGUCGAAGAAGGCGGAGGCAGGGACGAGGCCGGAGCACUUAUCCUCACCCAAUAUGGGGUCCCAGGUGCGUGGUCUCAGCCCGAAGAAGGCGACGAGGUGCGUGCUCUCGCGGACAGGCCGGCGCAAUAUGGGGUUCCAGGCGCGUGGUCUCAGCCCGAAGAAGGCGGAGGCGGGGACGAGGCGGGGACGAGGCCGGAGCGCUUAUCCUCGACCAACGUGGAGUCCCAGGUACGCGAUCUCGGCCCGAAGAAGGUGAAGGUGGGGUGCUUGAAGCCAGAAGAAGGCGAGCUUCAAGAGGAGGCGACAACAAGCUCGAAGGAAUUACUCUCAGAAUACGUUCUCGGCGCGUGGUCUCAACCUGAAGAAGACAGAGGCGGCGACAAG